UGAAAUUUUCACCUGAAGACAAACAGGAAUCCUCAACUUUCGGCCACUUUCCCAACAAGAACCUUCAGGUCAAGGCAGAGUUUGAACUUUGAACUGCGUGAUGUCAUUGUCGCUCGGCACAACAGAGAAGAGGGACUUUAUAAAAGAUCUGAGGAGACCUGUUGCAGUGUUUUUCAUCCCUGCGGGGGGCUGAAGAAGCCAUCAUGGGCUACAACAAGCUGUGGCUGAUACUGCUGCUGAGCGGCUGCUCUGUGGCACAGUAUCACAAAGAAACACCUACAUGUCAAUUGGCAUCCAGAUUCAAGCUUCAUAAGAAAUACGUGUAUCAGUAUGCUGCUGAGAGUCAGAAUGGGGUUCUGGGAACUGCCAACCUACAAAAUGGCCCAAAAGUCUCCUGUCAGGUAGAGAUCGAAGUCCCCCAGAUGUGCAGGUUCAUCAUGCACACCAGAGACUGCACGCUCAGUGAAGUGUCCGUCAUGGACCCCCAGGGUCGGCCGGUCUUCGAGCCGGUGCCCGGCUCCGAUGCCUUCAAAGCCAGCAUGGAAAAGAACCCUCUGAAGUUCUCUGUGGAUUCUGAGACUCGUGUUCAGGUUUACCCCGAAACCGACGAGGCCGUGAACAUCCUGAACAUUAAAAGAGGGAUUGUUUCUGCUUUCCUGGUGCCCGCUAUGGCGGAAGGCCAGAGCAGCCUCAUGAGCACGGUGCAUGGCCGGUGUUUAACAGGUCACACAGUGAUUUCCAGACAGGAAGAUGUCACAGACGUGACACUUACCAGAGAUCUGUCCCAGUGUGACCAGUUCUACAGCAGAACCCUGAUAAACAGCCCACUGGCUCUGCUGCAACAACUGCACAACCCCAUGUCUAAACUCAUAAGAAGCACCCAGAGCUGCAGCUACCAGCUGGAUAACAGAGGAGAUCACAUCAUCUCCGCCACGUGCUCAGAGAAACACAGAUAUCUGCCAUUUUCCCACCAGGGAAAUGGAAUCUCAUCUGUGGUGACCCAGGAUCUCAGCUUUCAGAGCGUGAAAAGGACCAAUAACAGAAAUUUUGAUGGAGAGCACCACCAGGCUCGACCUCUCCACUUCGAAGACCCGGAUGACAAAACUCCUCUCCAGACGAAGGAUGCUGUUCUGAGCGCCCUGCGGGAGCUGGUGGCGUUGGCAGGUUCGGAUCAGGGCCAGAAGCGAGCCAGCCUCUUCCACAAGCUGGUGUCGAGCAUGCGGAUGCUCCGGAAUGAGACCUUAAGCCGUGCGGUCGCCGCGAUGGUCGACGUGUCUCACUGGCUCACCUUCCAGGCCCUAUUCCAGUGUGGAACCACAGAGUGCACCAGCGCCAUCAUGCAGGUCAUCCGGACCACCGAUGGGGUCGCGCUUGAGGCGGACGCUCUGGUUUACUGGCUGGGUCUGCAGGCGAGCCCGGACGCUUCACGUGUGCGAGACAUGCUCAACAUGGCUCAGUACAAACAGAGCAAAGCCAUCAUGUACGCGCUGGCAAACACGGUCAAGAAGUUUCACCAGGGUGACGUGACUCCAGAGGUCACAGAUGUGUCAGAGUUCAUGAAGAUGCUCCUCAACGACUGCUCAGAGGACGUACGGGACUCUGACUUUAAUCCAGAUCCAACGGAGGUGGCCUUUCUCGUACUGAGGGUUGUUGGCGUCAUGGGUCGGGCCAUGCAAGACGUCAGUCCCACCCUCGUUUCUUCGGUUCUACGAUGUGCCAAGAAAACAAACGUUCCUUUAUCAAACCAAAAAGCAGCAAUCCAGGCAUUUAGGCUGAUGGAAAUUAACAAUGAGAUCAGGAACACUCUCAUGGAGGUCUACCAGGACCCUCAGAGUCCUGUGGAGAAACGUCUGGCAGCUUAUCUGGUUCUGAUGAAGAGUCCGGAUCAAACCCUCAUCAGAGACGUUGCAAACAGUCUGACAGGCGAGAGGGAGAACCAGAUAAAGAGCUUUGUGGUGUCACACCUGAAAAACAUCUAUAACUCUGAUCAAACAACAGAACUCAAAGAAGCCAUUGAGAUUGCUCUUCAGCUGUCACCCAAACACAAUAUCCUCGAUGGUUUGUCACAAAAUCACAGAAUCAGCUCUCAGCUGGGCUCGGUUCAGAGCAACAUCAUCUUUGACGACAGCAACACGAUGCCGAAGGAGAUGAUGGUGGAGGCCACGCUGGAGGCUUUCGACCUCAACUAUGACAUUUUUGAGGUUGGUGUUGAAGGGACGGGAUUUGAACCAACCAUUGAUGGUCUUUUUGGGGAGAAGGGCUUCAUCCCUGAAUCCAUCUCCAGACUCGUGCCGAUGUUCAGAGAAGCUCUGGACAAGGUUUCUCCACGUGGAGACAGAAUGAAGAGAGAGGUUCUGGAAGAUCAUCUGGAGGCGAUCAGGGAUGGUUUCCAGAAACUCCUCACCGAUGUGCGAUUCUCUCCGGCUCCUGAGGCCACAGCUUAUCUCCGGCUUCUAGGAGAAGAAAUAGGGUACAUGAAGACCAGUGAGAUGAGACAGCUGUUUGAGACUCUCUUCAUGUACUACAAUUUUUUUACCAGGGUCCUUCCUGCACAGGCCUUCAUUAAGCUGACAUCCAGCACUGAAAACCAGYUAUUUUUCCACUACAUCUUCAUGGAGAACGUUUUUUGUCUGCCCACUGCUGCUGGGUUUCCUCUUAGAUUCUCCCUCUCAGGUGUGAUUGCACCUGGUGCCAAAGGAGGCCUGACUCCCUCAGCCAUGACCAGCAUGUCCUUCAUGCCUUCAGUUGGGUUGGAAUUCAUCACCCAGAUGGGCGUUCACCUUCCAGACUAUGUGGAUGCAGGGAUUGAGAUGCACACUAACAUGUACCACGAGAGCUCGUUUAAAGCCAAAAUAACCAUGAACAGAAACCAGAUCAAACUGUCUGUUCCUGCUCCAGAAUCCAGCACUCAGCUGCUCAGUGUCAGCAACAAGCUGRUGUCCGUCUCAUCUGGUCAAACUAAGAUGGUGCCAUUCCUGAUGGAGGAUCGGGUCGACUCAACUGACUGCCAGCCUCUGUUCAGAGGACUGGAUCUAUGCACUGUAGUGCGCUACUCCAAUGCUACGUCAGUUGAACAGGCUCCAUAUUACCCGCUGACUGGAGAGACAAAGUUUGCAGUUGAAAUUCAGCCCACAGGGAAGGUUUCAGAGUACACCGUCACCAUCACAGAUGAAACCCUCAGAGAGGGGAAGAAGGGUCGACACAAAGUUGAGUCUCUAAAGCUAACCUUGAGGGCUGAAGGGGAAGACUCAAUGGAGGCCACAGUGUCACUGAAAUACAACCGCAAUAAAAAUCACAUCUCCUCUGAGAUUAUAAUUCCUGACUACAAUGUAGAGGCYAGCAUAAACCUGGCUGUAACAGACAGUGGUCAGAGCGGAAAGAAGACGCGAGGCUUCACCAUCGACGUCACCAACAAAAACAUCCCACAGAUGACUCUAGAGGGACGAGUAAGACAGGACAUGAUGAGAGAAGCCAUGCUGCAACUCCAGAUGGAUAUUCCUUCUCUGAAGGCCGAUGCAUCCAUCACUGCCGUCCUGAGGAAUGACGAGAGCGUUCUGUUGGACUUGGAGACAGUCGUCCACCUCCCUGAGACGCUGUACCAGCAAAGAGCCUCUUUAAAACAUGAUGACGACAAGUUGGAGUUGGAACUGAAAACGGACCUGAAUGUACAGAUAAAAGAGAUUAUUCCAGAUGCAGAGGAGCAACACAGGAAGCUACAACAACUCAUUGAUGAUUUUCUAGACCAAAGAGUGACGAAGACUGAUAUGAAACUGCGUCACAUCGUCAGUAAAGGAAUUGAGGCAGGUAAUAUUUGGCUGGACAAAGUGACUGCACGGUUCCCCUCUCUUGCAAACCUUCGCAGCAAGKGGAGCCUCUCGGACCUCACUUUGCCACCUCUGCCUGAAAGAUUGUUUUUGCAAUCAAACAGUUUGUUCCGAUACCAAUUCAACAAGGAUGAGAUAAUCAUCCACCUUCCUCUCCCAUUUGGAGGCAAAAAGUCRGAAGAACUGAACCUUCCGAAGACUCUGUCUGUUCCCGUCAUAGACCUUUCACAGAUAGGGUUGUAUAUCCCAGCCAAGCAGUUUGUGCUACCAUCGUUCACUGUGCCACCAUCUUUAGACGUCACAGUUCCACUUCUCGGCUUGGCCGAAGCAUCGACCAAGAUCCAUAGCAACUUCUACAACUGGGAAGGUUCGAUCUCUGGGGGCAACAACACUGUUAACGUUCCCAAUUAUGUUGUGCAGUACAAGGCUAUGGCUCAGUCACCUUUAAGCCUGCUGUCAUACAAAUUGGAAGGGGCCGGGAUGGUAUCAGGAAGAGCAGAUGACCAUCUCAAAUACCUUCUGAGUAGCUCUUUCAGUCACAUCCUUAUUGACACAAGCGUCAGUGUCUUAGAAACCUUAAAGGUGACAAACAAACUGGAUGCAAAUGCCAAUUAUAAGAUAGAGGCCUCCAGUCCAUUAGGUCUUCAAGCUUUUUUUCAUUAUUCUGCUCAGUCYUCUUCCACUUUGGAUUCUGAGGAAGUCUUGGGCGAUGGGACUGUAAACGGACUCAUUAAAUUAGGUUCAUUCAACACCACCACCUCCUACACCCACAGUUACAACCUGCAUCCACUAGAUCGGGAGGGAAGAGGCGAGUCCACCUUACGCUUUGACUCACCCAUCAUCCAGUUUCAGAACAUGAUCCAAGGCGUUUACGCAAACUCAGAGUUAAACGUCGUCUCCAAAACUAGUUCCCAGAACGAUGUCUUCAAGCACAUGGCAGAGCUCAAAUAUAAAGACACAAAACUGACCCUGAAGUGCAAAGCUGUUGGCUCAGCAUUGGGGAAAUCCCUCAACAACCAAGUUGAGCUCGGUAUAUCGAAUGAUAUGUCCAUCCUCAGAAUCGAAUCACAGGUAGAUGAUGACACGAGCAGAGUUUACUCCCUCAUAACUGGGUCUCUUGAUUCAAAAAAGCUUGAGGUGAACUCUGAAGGUUCCCUCUCUUGUAAUUUGGGUCGUGGGUUGCAUAAAACUUCUGUAAGUGUUGGGAAAGGUGGCAUAGUCUUUGGUGGAAUGAACAGCAUUCAGUUCAGCUCCGUGACCGCGGAGAACAUCUUUAAUGGUGCUGUCGAUUUUAACGGAGCUUCCUUUGCUUCAACUGUAAAAUCGAUGUUUGAGGAGGGCAGGGGAGAGCUGAACAUUGAGGGUAAAAUCACACCUUCAGAGGCCUCUAUGAGUGGUUUCUUUAAGGGACAUGCUUACGACGCAUCCAUGAUGAACAACAUGAACGUCGUACUGAACAGAAGAGCUCUGACUUUCACUGGAAACACCAAGGGAACACUGAAACAGUUGAGAACAGAAAGCACUCAUGCCCUGACCCUCACUCUGUGGACAUUCACCCUCCGCUCCAAAACUGACAGCUUUAUCUGUGAAGAUGUUUACUACAGGCAAAACACAAAAGUUGACAUAAAGCCGUUUGUUUUUGGCUUUGACAUGACUAAUGACCUCAAGUUUUACGAUCUCAGUUUGAACAAAGAGGAUCAUAUGAAGCUUGAGCCAGUAAAGGUAGCACUCAGUGGAAGUGUGAGGGGAGCUUACAGAGAAGAAGACGAAAUUAAGCACACCUAUGAGCUCACCUAUGAAGAUUUAUCUGGCUCAAUGAAAUACAGGACAUCUGGAAACAUAAUGGAAGCAAAGUUAAGUCAAAACUGCGAACUUGAGUUUGCGGGAUUGUCUUUGGUGUCAAAGUGUGAGGGGCAAUUGAAUUCUGAACCAUUGCGCUUCAACGGCACAGUUCGCACUAUGGCUCUGCCUUUCAGCGUGAGCGUUGAUGCUUUGAUUAACAGCGAUGGAAACAUGAAUCUACAUGGGAAACAUGCUGGACAGCUUCACAGUAAGCUGCUGUUUAAAGCUGCACCCUUGGCUCUUGCGUACUCGCACGACAGCCAAGUUUCAACCACUCAUCGCCUCCGAAGCGGGGCAUGGUCCACGAGUUUAGGCAACAAAUUUGAAGGUCUCCUGACUCCGAAUGACCAGUCUCUGGACUGGAAAGCAAAUUCCAAACUGAACAACCACGCUUAUGAGCAGGACGUCAGUGCUUACAACAAUCAUGAAAAGAUGGGGGUUGAGUUUUCAGGAGCGAUCCUGACAGAUUUCCUCAACAGAUAUAAAAGAGCAAGACCAGAAACACAAAUGUUUAGUGUGACUGGUUUUCUAAAGUACGACAAAAACAGUGACUGCCACAUGAUUGAAAUUCCGUACAUUGAGAGCUUCCCUGCUGCUUUUGAAAAUCUCAAACACACAUUUGUACAAUCUUUAGAAUCCCUCCAACGGCUCAUAAUUAGUUUAGACAUGAAUCAACUCAUCACCGACUUCAGGGCCAACUUAGAUCGGCUCCCGAUGCACGUGAAAAACUUUAUGCGCAAAAUGGACUUGGAGAACAAAGUGACUCAAGUGAAAGAAAAACUUGAUUAUUUCAUCAAUGAGUUUGCUGUUACAAUGGAAGACUUAGAGGACGCAGCAAGCAGUAUUAAACAAAAUUCGGAAAUAACUAUAACAGACAUUGUCACAAAAGUUCYAAAUUUUAUCUCUAAAGUUGAGGAGUUUAUUAAAGAAGGACAUCUCGCAGAUAAGAUAGAAAGUGUAAUUUCACAUAUUGGAGAUCAGCUUCAGGAGUUUGAUGAAAAACACAAAAUAAAGAAUUCUUUUGUCAAAGCACUUAAUGUCAUCGAGGAUAUUAUUGGACAGAUUGACCUGCAAAAGUUCAAGGAAAGCAGCGCUGCGUUCCUGCAAGAGCUCGAUUCUAGAUAUGAAAUCAUGGAGACAAUAAAAGAAAAACUGUCUGAGCUCAGAAAGCUUCUUGAGGACUUCCAAAUCACUGACUUCUCAAAGGAUGUAAAAAAUUACCUCCUCUCAGUUGACUGGACCUCUUUUGUCGAGCAGUUCACAUAUCAAAUCCCAGCUUUGGAAAUACCGAAAGUGAUGGAAUCGAUGAACGAAGUCAUCGUCAACUGGAUCGAUGAAUAUGAAAUUCCCAACAAGCUAAACGCAGUGUAUUCUUAUUUCAGAGAUAUCAUUCUGAAAUAUGAGCUUAAUGACAUUUUUAAAGAUUUAAUGGAUCAGGCAGUGAUUCUGGUCAAACAGUGGAAAAUUGAAGAAACUGUACAGUCAGUCGUAGAUGCUCUGAAAACUGUGAAAGUUGAKAUUCUUUAUGAUAAAAUAAUGGACUUCUUGCACAGUGUAACAAGCAAACUCAGGGAAAUUGACUUCAGGAAAAGCAUUGACUACCUUAAUGAACGUAUCUCUUUGAUACUCGAGACUGUGAAGGAUUUUGACUAUGACGUGUUUGUCGAUGAGACAAACAACAAGAUUGUCGAGAUUACAAAUUAUCUUAAUGAAGAAAUCAAAAAAUAUGAGAUUGUGAAAAAGACAGAGGCUCUCAGACAGUUUUUCAGAGAGAUUCAAACCUCCAUCUAUACGUAUUUGGAUGAGCUCAGAAACACGAAGGUGGCCGACGCUUUAAAGAGAUUGAAAGAUGUGAUUGACGCAGCUUUUUACAAUGACAUCAAACUGAAAGCGCAGGAUAUCCUUGAGGACAUGAGGCAAAGAAUUCUCGAUAUGGAUAUUCGAGAGGAGAUCUACAUCUACCUUCAUAGAGCAAGUGAGUUUUACAGAAAUAUGAUCACCUACCUUUCUGCACAGAUUAAUGUACUAAUGGAGUGGAUUGAAACAGUGGCUAAUGACAAGGAGAUCCUCAAUCGGAUGAAGCAAGCUGUAGAUGAAGUUUUGAACCAACUGAAAAAAGCCAAGAUUGAAGUCCCCACAUUUYCUGUCCUGCUUACUGACCUUGUAAUUCCAGGAUUCACUGUCAGCCUUAAUAAARUGCAGGAAAUCAGCAUUCCAGUUCAAAUAUCAGUUCCAGAAAUCACAAUCCUUGGCUCGUACACAAUUCCUGCUUUCACUAUAGACUUCAAUAAGAUCAAGGCUAAAAUAGUCGCAAUCAUAGACGACAUCCAAGCAUUUGAGAUCCAAGCGCCUGACCCGGAGGACAUUUUUGGUAACCUGAAAGUCCUCUAUCUGUCUGACCUGCCAGACCUCACCUUCCCAGAAAUUGUUCUUUCAGAGAUAAAAUUUCCUGCGCUGAUCAUCCCAAAAUUGAAUCUGGAGGAUUUUGAAAUCACUAUGCUUACAAUCCCAGACAUUAAAUUACCCAAGAUCACCAGUGAAAUCUGUAUCCCAGCUUGUGGUAAACUCCAUGGAGAAUUUAGCUUCACUUCCCCACAGUACACUCUUGUAAACACAGCAAAAAUCGAGAACUCAACUUCCACACUGAAAAACCCACACUUUACAGCCACUGUUACGUCUCAUGCACGCUCGCCAAUCGAGAUCCUGGAGCAUGCGUUCGAAGCUGUGGCUCACCUGGAGGCUCCUAGAAUGAAGAAGCUGCUGUUCACAGAAACCGUGAAAGCAACCCAUACAGCCUUCUCAGUUGACCACGAAGGCUCCCUGACGCUCACCGGCUCUUCUGCUGAGGCUUCUGCGAAGACUACCACCAAGGCCACAACCCAGAUGUACACAGCUGAUAUGGUCAAUACUGUGGCUCUUUCAUUAAGAGGUGGAAUAUAUGCAGUGGUAGAUACAACAUACAACCAUGACCUAGUCAUCCCAUCAAAGGAAAUAUCAAGUCAGGCAUCAAUGAAACAAAGCAUAGCAGCUAGAAUAGAAUCUAAUUCCAUUACUGUGACCGGUGAAACAAGCGGUAAUGGAAAGUGGUCCAUUCAAGACUUCUCUGAUGAAGGUACACACAAAAGCAAUGUGGAGUUUAAUGUUGAUUUCAGCACUGCAAAGUUGAAGUUUUCAGGAGAAACGGACUGUAACACCCUAAAAUCAAAGCAAACACUGACUGRGCAGUCUGUGUUCUUAAGUCACUUUAUCGUAGAAGCUCAAUGUGAAGUUGAAGUUCCAUUUGUCAAAAAGAGUGUUACGGUUUUAAAUGGAGAGGCUCACGUUGGAGACUUGAAAGUGUCGCUGACAGCAUCUCAUGAUGCUGAAUUCAUGAGCGAUCUGAUGGGAACCAUGUCCAAUUCGUUGGAACUCGUGGUCCAUCCGUUUGAGAUAGCCUUUGAUGUUAAGAACAAAAUGAACUCAAACAUCUUCCUCCCUCUAAAACUUACCGGAAAGGUUGAUCUCCAGCAUGAUUAUGGUGUCUUACUGAACUCUGAGAAACAGCUUGCAUUUUGGCUUGCUUUGGCAAGGUUCAAUCAGUAUAAGUACAGUCACAAUAUCACAGCAGAAAAUGGCGAAAAGGACAUCUACUUCCACUUCUCUGCUGAAGGAGAAGCUAAUUUAGACUUUUUGACUAUUCCUCUCUCAAUACCAAAAAUGGCUGUCCCCUAUCUCAAAGUAGAAACCCCUGAGGUCAAAGAUUUUUCUCUGUGGGAAGAUGCUGGCCUUAAAUCCUUGCUUUUUAACCCCCAACAGUCAUUUGACAUGAACUUGAAGCUUCAAUACUAUAAGAACUCUGACACACACAGCUUCGAGUUGCACCUUGAACCAUUCUACAACAUGAUCCAUGACAAUGCUAGGAUCGUUCAAACUCAGUUUGAAGCAUACAGAGACAAAGUAGUUACCCUUCUGAAGAAUUCAUACAACGAUGCAAAGUCACAGUACGUCAAACACAAAAUUGACACUUCCAGUCUGUUUCCAAGAAUCUUCAGAGUUCCUGAGUACAAAAUACCAGUACUGAAUAUACAGGUUUCCCCCUUCAGUGCUGAAAUGCCAGCCUUUGGUUAUUUUGUCCCCAAAGAGGUCAGCACACCAAGCUUUAAAGUUCCAAAACUGGGUUUCUCUGUACCAUCCUACACUCUUGUGUUGCCAGUUCCUGGAUUCCCCGUUGUCCAUGUUCCAGAAACUCUAACUGAAGUGCAGCUGCCUUCUUUGACUUUACCAGCCAUACAGGACAGCAUUAUGAUUCCAGCUAUGGGCAACAUAACCUGUGACUUCUCCUUCAAAUCCACCAUCGUCACCCUGAAUGCUAACGCAGGCCUUUACAACCAGUCAGAUGUUGUUGCUCGAUUUGGUGCUUCAUCUGUGUCUGUGUUUGACAUUCUGAAUGGAAAAAUCGAUGGAACCACCAGCAUGACAAGGACAAGGGGUCUCAAACUGGCGUCAUCUGUGUCUCUAAAGCAUUACAAUCUAGAAGCCAACCAUGAAUGUUCUGUUAGCCUCAACAAGAGGAGCCUGGAAGCUUCUGUGGCCAACACUGUGAAAAUUAGUCUGCCAUUCCUCCAAGUGGAAGUCAAGCAGGAGCUCACAGGAAAUACAAAGACCAAGCCAAAUGUGUCCUCCAAGAAAACCCUUAAAUACAUGUUUAAUUUUCCCCAGAUUGCAUCUAUAGGCAAAGGAAACAUCGACAUGGAUUGGGAACUGGAAGCUCUUUCCCCUUCCUUGUCACUGGAUACAUUUACUCAAGGGAAGUCUGACAUAACAAUAAUGGACAGCUGUAAUUUUGUUGGAGAUCUGAAAAAUAAGAAAAACUUCUUUAUUAGUGUCAACAACCUGCGUACAACCACCAACACAGCUUUAAACCUAAAUAUAAAUAAACAGGACAAGCAAAAACGAAGCUUGCCCAACAACCUCGUCUCGUUUGGUCUGACCAAUGAUCUUGCUCUUGAUGCUUCCUUGCGGCGUGUUUUUGCGACACUUGAUUACACCAGCAACAACAAUGUUAAUUUGGAAUAUUUUGACACAAGUGGAAGCCACAUUGUCAGGGGAAAAGUAGAUUUUGUUCCUUUAACAAGCUUCAGAACGACAUUAGACACCGACGCGAGUCAGUCGAGUAGUUUGGGUCGUGCUGGACUCAUUCAGAGCUUCAAUCUGGACAUCAGCUCUGAGAAACAGUCCUUGAACUGGAACGGGAAGGAAUGGCUGUCAUCUUUCAUCCAUGCUCAUGAUUUAAUCAUUUUCAAUGAUGAAUCUGAAGCAGGUUUGAAACUGACAGAAUCAGUGGAGGGUCACUUGGCAUUCUUGAAAUCAGUCAAACUUCCCGUUUAUCAAAGAACCCUGUGGGAUGUGCUUAAAUUUGAUCAGAUCACAAACAUCAAUGACUUACAAUUCUUAAACGUCUCUUCCAGUCUUGUAUACACAAAGAGCAUGGAUGGCUAUGAGUUCCAAAUACCCUAUAAAGUAUUUGACAACGGUGUCAUGUUUAGCGUCCCUGAAAUUAGCAUUCCGAUGCCUUUUUGGGUCAAAAAGUUUCCUCAAUCUAUAAGGAAUGUAGACAUGAGAUUUGAAAGCGCUAAAGUCCCGGAUCACCUAACCCUCCCCCCUGCAAUCUCGGUCCCUGAUUUUGUUGUUCCAUUUACGGAUUUGUAUGUGGAACCAUUCACGAUUGAUCCAAAGAACCUUAACAUUCCUAAACUGAUUACCACUAAGGCUUUCAACAUUGAGCUGCCUGGCUUGCCCGUAAUAUCGAUGCCAAGCUUCGACGUUAACAUGGAGUAUCUACAGGGUAAAAUGUCGUUCCUGUCAUUCAGGAUUCCAGAGUAUAAGAUUUCUGUGUCCUCUUUUACUUUGCCCAAAUCUUUCACCAUUGGAGACUACACUGUCGGCCUGGAUGACCUCGUGGGUCAAGUUUCAAAUUUUCAUCUUCCAACUAUUGUCAUCCCAAACCAAAAGGUUGAAAUCCCUGAAUUUACCCUACGUCUGCCUUCAAGCGUUUUCAUCCCAACGUUUGGUUCCCUCAGCGCUUCUCUAAAUAUUUCCUCACAUAUCUAUAACAAGUCAUCGACAGCCUCUGUAAAGAAGGAGGACUCUAACCUUUUGACUUCACUCAGUUCCAGCUGUGCCUCAACAAUGGUCUUUUUGGAGUAUGACCUCACCGCUACUUCAACUGUAGCAUAUGACAACGGGAUGAUAAAUUUGAACGGGAUGGGAAAGUUGAUCCACAGUGACAUAAAUGUAAAUUGGCAACAUGUUUUGARGCAGCCUCUUAGAACUAAGCGUCAAAUCUCUCGAGGUGACUCUGCAACCCAGGAGUCCCGUCACACCCUGAAUAUCGACGUCAACAGCCGAACGUUUGCCGACGCGAACCUCCGCUUCGCUUCCCGCAAAGACGGCGUCACAGCGUCCAUGUCGUCUCCGUCAGCUGGUUUCCUCGGACUGCAUCUCCAGAGAAAAUCUCCAUCACAGCUGCAUGGAAAAUUGUUCAGCCGUUACCUGUCGUCUCCUGAGAAGGAUACUAACGUUUUCACGGUCAAGGCCUCCCUAAAGAACGCAGACAAGCUGGUCCUGCAGACCUCGUGGAACUGGGACUUCUUCAGCAACGCCAUGGAGGGCUUGAAGAACCGGAUUCCUGCGAUGACUAGCGCCUUCUUGAAGUUCGUCAACAAAUAUCACACCUCACACUUCGGAUUUGAUCUGAACCGAGGAGGCGUAAAACUGAAGCACGCCAUUUCUAAUCUGGUGGAGCGAGUUCAUCACGGGGUUUCGGUUUCGUUCACAACGGCGCAGGACUUAAUCCAAACUUUUGCCCAUCAGGGAAAUGACACAUUCCUGAAUGUUUUCGACAGCUUGAUGUCCACGGACUUAAAGGACUUUAGAGAGAUGGUGCUCCUCCACGUUAAAACAGCUUUUAGACACAUUCGUGUUGGAGUCGAAGAGCUCUUAUAUCCAGUCACAGAUUUUCUGACGAACAAAAAUUUCACAAUUCCUGGAUCAGAGAGGAAGCUUUCCGUCAUACAGAUGUUUGAGGAAGCUCAUCAGGCUGCGUCAGAAAGCUUUGACGUUGCAAGCCAACUGUUUUUUAGACUCUUGGAGAAGAUUUCUGCGUCCAUCAAAAGCAUUGAGUUCACCAUACCCGAAACUGACAUUUCCGUUAACGGACGCGAGCUAGUGGACGACCUGAACGCUGAAAUAAACGCUGCGAAAUAUCACCUGACACAUUAUUUGAGGAGCAAAAUGGACAUGCGGGUAAUUACAGAGAAAGCCGAAAGCCUCUACGCCUACCUGAAAGAGCGAAACACCGAAGUUAAGCCUCAGAUCGAGGCCUUUUACGCAGAAAUCCUUCGCUCCUCGAAGCAGGGCGCAGACGAGGCUCGGAGACGCGCAGCUGAGCGUAAAGACCUCCUGAAACUGAAGCUUCACGAGGCUCACAACGCUUUAACUAUGGAGGCGGUGAACAGCGGCGCCCAGCAGUUUAUCAGUGCUUUACAGUCAAAUGUCUCCGAAGCGCUCAGUGAAAGUGUGGAUCUGAUGAGAAAGGUGUCUCAGAACACGGCGCCGUAUAUCAGAGUAGGUAAAGAAAAGGUGGACGUAGAAAUUCCCUUACCUUUCCUGUGGAAAUCCUUCAACGAGUGGCCGACUCAGCUCAGACAGUGAAACUCUCUGACUUGGACUYAACAAAUGUGAAAAAUGUUUCCAUUAAGAAAAAAAAAUAUGAUUUAUACAGUGAUGACCUGCUGAAAACYUAAGUUUAAAACCUUUGAUGUUCAUGAAAGAAUAAAGGAAAUGUUGAGACGUCUGUUAGUUUUACUGCAGCGAGUCUUCAACAGGUCGGGUGGACGAGGUGAUGAAAAUCAGCUUUAUUCAGAGUCUUCUGUCCGGAUUUUACACACCAAUAAACAAACACCUUGCAGGUAAAGGAAAAAACAUGUAAAAUGUGCAAAUCAAAUAAAACACAAGAUGUGUUAUCUUAAAUGUAGAUAUGACUCACCUGAGUCAGCAUCCAGUAGGUCACUAACCUAGAUACCUUCAACCCUGCAGAAAUGUCAGUAUUUUUUUUAUUUUGAAUUCUAAAAUAAAAUAAAAAAUCACAAACUGAAAGGCAGGUUAUAAAAUUAAAAUUCCAGCCUAUAAAUGAGCAUAUAGUUUACUCAGAAAUGAAUAAAAAAAAAAUAAUGUUAAUGUUAAGCCUUUUGAUUAACUCAACAUUAUAAAAAAUAAGUUUGUAUUAAGUAAAGGUGUUUAGUUUCAUUUUUUUCACACCAUAAUUUUGCACGAGUACAUGUUAGAACCAAGAACCAGAAUGUAUAGCAAAGAUUAAAGCAGUAUUUCUAAAGGCAGAGAUGAUCAGGGAAACGGGGAGACCUGGGUUGCUGAUUUUAUUUGAUCAAUUCAAUACAUUUAAAAAAAAUGUCACGCAGAAAAUCAAAGGGACUGAGACAAUUCCAAGCAAUUGAACAUGCCUGCCUUAAGAUAAGAGAAGGGUUUUGUUGUAAUUACAUUAUCAGGGACACAUGGGCGCCAGCUGGACUCAGUAGAAAGGUCAGUUUGACACAAAUUGUGAUCAGACACGUCUACAGUACAGUUCUGCUUCACCCAGURAUGACGUGUCACUAAAAUAUCAAGUUUAUUAACCUUAUUUUUGGACUGUCACGCUGUAUAAAUGUUGUAUUGAAAAUAAAAGUCCAGUUUUUUCUCUUA